CUAUCAAAUUGCGCGAGCUGAUGUCACACUUGUGGUAGUGUUGGAGCAAUGGGCCUGUUGAUGUUUCCAUGGAAACCCAAUUUGACACGUGUAAAAGCAGUGUGCUGCUAUCACCGGUGAAACAGGGCCCUGAUCUCAUCCAGCUCCUUACUGGAUACAGUCAUGAAUCUUGGACUGGGGUGUCAAAGGGUGCAUCACCCCAGUGAGAGUCGAGACGGGCUUUGAAGAUAUUGACAGACGUAGAGAGGACCACAGAGGCAGGAAGUGCAUUCCAGUCGUUGAUGGCGCGGACUUUCCCAGACACUUUGCCGAAAAAUCACCAUUCCUACGGUACUUUUCUAUCGGAGGCAAAUCCUUACAUAGUUUUGAAGUUUCUUACCAUGAUAAAAGGCAAUUUUCAAGGUUUUAUGAACAUUUUCUAUGUUCUAUAAUUUUCAAGAUUCAAAGCAAAAGGCAAUUUUCAAUGAUUUUGCUAUUUUGUUUCUUUUUCGUCACGUUUUCUCUGGUGCGGUUGGCUAUAGGCCAGUGGUUUACAUAGCCUUAAACUAUAGGCAUAAAAAAGUCACAAGUUAUUUCCAUGCUUGGUCAUUGGUGUACUUUUCCAGUCAAGAAUAAACAAUAAUUCCUACAUGUAAUUUCAAAUGUGGUUCCUUUUUCAAUGUGUUGACUGUUAGGUAACUGGAUUUACCAUCAUUUCCAAGAUGUUUUCUAACAUUCCUGCUAAAUUUACCAACUUACCGAAUGUCAGUGCAAUAAAAAUUGGCCGAGAUGAAAAUUAUUGUUUUCGUUUAUUCGCUUUAAGUCGAUUCAUUCAGUAAGAAAAUCACGCAGAAACAUACUGUUGCAAGAAAGCACACUCGUAAGAGAAGAUCAAGAUACCAGUAAGAAAUUUGAUCUAGAAUGAAAUUUUCCUUGUAAGAAUUCAGCUUGUAAGAGAAGAAGACCGUAAGAAUAAUGUUUCGUAAGAAAAAAGAUAUGAGAAAAUGUCCGGGUGGAAAAUGCUCCUGAUUAGAGUCGGCAGUGAUGGGUGCUGCCGUCAGUGGGCUGAAGGCGGUGUCUGAGAGCACCGAGCUGGCAAAGCUGGCUGGUACCGAGCCUCUUCCAGCGGAUGACCCUUUCUGGCAGGGACUGCUUCAGUUUCAGCUCAGCCGGCGGCUGACCAGGGAGGAUGACAAAAGGCUGGAGGAAGCCGUGUCUGGCCUGUUCAACACGUUCGUCACCAAUAACCCGGAAACGGGCAACCUGGGAGCGCUCGUCCGCGUCUUCCUUGGGAAGGCCUCCGAGCUGAAAGCGGCUGCCCAGCUCGAUAGCCGUCUGGCCGACCAGACGCUAAACGCCCUGCUGGUGCUGCGCUGCGCCUGCAAGCUGAGCGUGCAGCUGCUCUCGGAGGAGGAGCUGGUGCGCCAGCUGGAGGCGCCGGCGCCGGCCGGCCAGCUGGAGACGCUGCUCACCGGACUGGUCGAGGUGCUGGUCGACGUGCCGCUGACCGAUGCCACGUACUACAUCCACCUGGAGUCGCUGAACACGCUGCUCGUCCUGCUGGCCUGCCAGCUGUACUCGGUGAAGCAGGCCCAGUCGCUGGUCGUCUACAGGACGCUGAUGUCGGGCCGCUGCGCGAUGCACGCGCCGAUUCUGGUGCGUACGCUGCUGCGGCACACAGUGGCGCGCCAGCCAGUGCCGGACGCUCGCUACACCGGCGGCGGCAGCCUCGUCUUCGGGCUGGCCAGCGGCCUGUGGAGCGCCCUGACGCUCGGCUACGGCUCGCAGCCGGCCGUCGAGGAGCGGGCGCCGGGCGGUCUGCCGCCGCUGGCGCAGCAGAGUCUGCACACCCUGCUGGUGCUGGGCAACCACUGCACCGGCGACCGGCAGCUCUUCAACCCGUUUCGGCAGGCACUCUUCCACAUGACCGACCUGCAGGACCCGGCCGAGACGCACCUGGCCGACGCGGGCGACGGGUUCGGGUUUGCGAUGAGCAGCCUGUACUCGUUGCUGUGCUCGCCGCCGUGUACCGACCAGACCACGCUGCUGCUCUACCUGCUCAUCCACAAGAACACGGCGUUCCGGCACUUUGUGCUGGCGCGCACCGACCUCGACGCCCUGGUACUGCCGACGCUGCGCGUGCUGUACCACGCGCCGGAGAGCAGCAGCCACCACAUCUACAUGUCGCUCAUCGUGCUGCUCAUCCUCAGCGAGGACGAGCUCUUCAACCGCUCCGUCCACUCCACGAUGCUGCACCAGGUCAGCUGGUACACGGAGCGGCCCCUGACAGAGAUCUCCCUGGGCGGACUGCUCAUCCUGGUGGUGAUACGCACCAUCCAGUACAACAUGACCAAGAUGAGGGACAAGUACCUGCACACCAACUGUCUGGCGGCGCUGGCCAACAUGUCGGCAGAGUUCCGCCAGCUGCACCCGUACGUGUGCCAGCGGCUGGUCUCGCUGUUCGAGGUGCUGGCCAAGCGGCACGGUCGGCAACUGGAGCAGCUGCGCGCGGCGGCGGCGGCAGCCGACGCCUCACAGCCGGACGAGGGCGCCGUACAGGACCUGGCCGUGCUGGAGGAGGUGCUACGCAUGCUGCUGGAGAUAAUCAACUCGUGCCUGACGGCCCAGCUGGUGCACAACCCCAACCUGGUGUACACGCUGCUCUACAAGCGCGGUGUGUUCGAGCUGUACCGCACCCACCCCAACUUCCAGGACAUCACGCACAACAUCGACACGGUGUUGCUCUUCUUCAGCUCCAAGCUGGAGAGCCUGCACAAGGACAUCGGGGUGCGUGACGUGCACGCGGUGAUCCAGGACGGCGCCAAAAAGUUCCCCCUGGAGCGGCUCAAGAAAUUCCCGGAGCUGAAAUUCAAGUAUGUGGAGGAGAACGAGCCGGAGGACUUUUUCAUUCCGUACGUUUGGUCGCUGGUGGUGAGCGGCGGCGACCUGCACUGGAGCACGGCGGCCGCCGGCUGCCUGCUGGCCACCGACGCCGCGCCCUCCUGAGCCGGCCAGCAGCCGCAGCUGCUACUUACUUGUUGACGUUUAUAUGCCCCGAAUAGACUAUAAAUGGUGGGACGCGGCGCAUCGGUGCUGUGAAUGCCUUGUCGGGUAUCGCUGGUGAUCAAUAUCACAACUUUGUUUUUAAAUUGUCUGUCAUAUGCAAAAUAUUAUAUGCCUGUGAAGAACAUGAA